ACAGGACGGGUUCUUUUCACAUCCUCAGCAGAUCUCUCUGUGGCUGGACUUGGUCCGAUGGGAAGAGACGUAGACUAUCAGCCUUGCCCCAUAUCUCCAAGGCCAGGGGGCAAAAUGAAGAAGCUUUUCUUUGUUGGUUUUCCUGUGGCCACCCUUGUCUUUUUUGUCCUCUUUCUCGUUUUCAUGGGGCUGUACCUGGGGCAAACAUUUUCGGAACCAGCCAAGCAGCUGCGGGAAUGCCAGUCGCAGAUGGAGAACCAGUCUGCCCAGAUGCAAACCCAAAACGCAUCCCUCAGGCGGCGCGUGGAGGAGACGCAGGAGGCAGCAAAGAAGGAGGCUGGAAUCUUGAGCUACCAAAUGGAGGCCAUGAACAAGAACCUGACAGAGACCCAGAAGAACUGGCAUUCUUGCCAGGAACAGCUGAGCAUCUUGAAAGACAACUUCACAUCCUUGGUGGCCGAAGAGAGCUUGCAGACAGAGGCAAUUAAAAACCUGCAGCAACAGCUCGCCGAGAAAUCCAAGCAGCUGAAUGAUGAACAGCGCAAAAGCCAAGAAGAACGAAAACACCACCAAGCAGAAAUCCAGCAGCUGUGGGAUCAGCUUGCGCAGAAACAGCAGGAUAAUUCCAACGGUGCCGGUGGCGGCAGGGACUUGGCCGGGCUCAGCGUUACUCUCCUCACCAUCUUCAUGGCUGGAUUCCUAUCCGUGUAGCGCCCUGGGACUCUGCUGCUGACCAGCGGCCUUGAGCACUUUUCCUUGCACCUGCAGUGUGGGACUCAGCCUGCCUCAUCUGCAUAGCCCCACCUCCUCAUUUGCACCAUUCUUUCAGACAGGUGAAGCUCUCUUCUACUGAGUCAGCUCAGUGGUCUGUGGGAAACUGGCUUCUGGACUCUGAUGGCCUCUGCAGGCUCCAUCACGUCACCUGCCUCCUGCUCCUUGUCACUUUGGUGUAGCAGUUAAGUGCACAGACUAAUCUGGGAGAACUGGGUUUGAUUCCCUGCUC